CAUAUAACAAAAAUAAUGAAUUGUAGCAAAAUGCAUACAAAGUUAAAUUUUGUUUCUCUUCCCUUGUUUUAGUGCCACAGUGUACAAGGAUGAACACAACAGUUGACUGCAGUGACAAAGGCUUCAUCCAGGUCCCUGCCAACAUUCCUGCUGACACUACCAGCCUGGACCUCAGCUCCAACAACAUACAACAGCUGGACGACUACUCCUUCUCCACCCUGCCUCUCCUGACAUCGCUGGACCUCAGUUCAAACAGUCUAGUCACCAUCCAACCUGCAGCUUUUUACAACCUUUCCAAACUGAGGGAACUGUCCCUAUCUCGAAACAACCUCUCUGCACUUCCAUCCGCGAUAUUCCGACCGCUGAAGUCAUUGGCAGCUCUUUCUCUUGCUGAUAACAAUCUUCCUGAUAUACUAAGUUUUGAUGAGAUAUGGGACGGGCUACACUUAACCAAACUUGAUCUGAGAGAAAACAAGAUAACGGAAGCAAAGUUUUCACAAGCUUUUUCUGAGAUGCCCUCACUGACAUCAUUAGACUUAUCCUUAAAUAGGAUCUCUGUACUUAAAAUUGCUGAUUUCGAGCCCUUUGUUUCACACAGAUUUCAGACUCUGGAAUUAUCUGUGAAUCCUAUAACUGUCAUAGAACCUGGAUUCUUUGCACAAUUUCGAACUAUAGAAUAUCUUGUGACUCGAUUGGACAUAAACAUUGCAGACUAUAGCAAUACCAUAAAUGAGGGUGCGUUUCAGUUUCUUCAAAACUCAUCGUUGAAAAGUCUUGUCUUGGGAUGGGGAAGUAUCAAAGAACUCCAGGAUUGGGCUUUCCAUGGAUUAGACAGCCUGGAAUAUCUUACUCUCCAAACUAUUCACAUAGAAAAAACAUCUCCACAUGCAUUUGGGGGAUUACAGAAUCUAGUUGUGCUCAAUCUGGGAGAAAAUCAUUUGGAACAAGUUCCUUUCAAGGCACCUACAGUCAUGUUUCCAGCUCUGAGAGAAUUACACCUCAAAUACAACAACAUAAAAACCAUCGUGCCGGAAAAUUUCAGGGGCCUUCCGAACUUGCAACUACUUAAUCUGGACCGUAACAUGAUAACAAACAUACCUGCAAAUGUUUUCCAUGGACUUCGAAAUCUAAACACAUUGUCUCUACAAAACAACAAGAUCAGUCUCCUUUCCAACGAGAGCUUCGUGGGUUUGGAAAAUGUUAUUUUCAUGGACUUGUCUAUGAACAAACUCACCGUACUCCCAGAUGGUGUCCUAUCUCCACUAACAAGCCUGGAAAAGCUUGACUUCUCAGAAAACUACAUCUCCCCUGACAUGGAGGAUUUCAACGGCCUAAAGAAGAUCACGACACUCAACUUACAUCAGAAUCAUGUCAUUCUCAGGCUGAGCACGUUUAGGCUAGUUUCAAGUCUAGAAGACCUCAAUCUGUCUGGAAAUGACCUGUUCAAUGAGCACAUGCAAUGCUGGUUUAAAAAUUCACCAUGCAAGCCUUUUACAACUCUGAGGAAUCUACUAACACUUGACAUAAGUGACAACCUCAUUGCUCCAGCAAGUAAUAUGCAAGAAUUCUUCGAAGGUUUGGUGUCUUUACGGACUUUGCGUGUGAUACGCACUGGAGAUGUCUGGAGGAGGUUUCAAAACACAACUGUUCUGUACAGCAUGCCCAACCUGGAAACUCUCAACAUGAGAGAAUGUAAGAUACAGCACAUCCCUGCUGAUGCACUCAGCAUACAUUAUAACCUACAGUUUGUAGACUUCAGUGAAAAUUCCAUCUCUAGUCUUCCUGACACCGUAUUCGUAAAUGUCAGAUCUCUCAAAUACCUCUAUCUUAAAACAAACACCAUUACUUUCUUGAACGAGUCAAGUUUUGCGACUGUCUUGCCAACUCUGGAAAGUUUUGGCCUAGAUCUUAGUGAGAAUCCUUUCUACUGUGACUGCAGCAUAACAUGGUUUGUUAGCUGGGCUGAUGCUAACCCCUCAAAAGUAAUUUUCUGGGAGAAGGAUGGUUUCUAUGUCUGCAACACUCCUGCAUCUCUGCACAACAGGGAACUGCGAAGUUUCCACCCGGAUUGCGAUUCUCACUUGAAUUUCUACAUGUGCGCGGCCACCACUUCCCUCCUGUCCCUGUACAUGUUGACUGUGUUUGUGGUGACUCAGUGCAGCUGGUACGUCCGGUACCUCUGGUUUCUGUUACAGGCCCGGUUCAGGGGGUACGAAGAACUCCCAGGCAGGGAGGUACAACGGUUCAAAUAUGAUGCAUUCGUGGCGUACAGCAGCGCAGACAAGAAUUGGGUGACCCAAGUGCUGCGGCCGCAGCUCGAGGACAAUCCGCCGCGCUACCGGCUCUGCUUCGGCGAGCGUGACUUCCGCCCAGGGGUGGCGAUCACGGAGAACAUCGGGCGUGCCGUCCGCGCCAGCCGCAGGACCAUCUGCCUGAUCACCCGGAGCUUCGUGCGGAGCAGCUGGUGUAACUACGAGAUGCGUGCGUCGGAGGGGCGGUACCACCUGUUCGACCCACGCAGGGUCAACCUGAUCCUGGUGUUCCUGGAGGAGAUACCGGACGGGGACAUGGAGCGGCACAAACACCUGCAGGACGUCCUGAGGAGGGACACCUACAUCAGCUGGCCCGGGAACGACAGGGGACGGCCACUGUUCUGGGCAAGACUGAGGGAGGCUCUGGGAAAACCUCUGCCUGUUAAUCACGCUAGAAACAGGCACAUUCUAGAGGACAGUGUAUAGACAGGUCGUGUCUGACACAGCUACAUGUAUAUGUAAGUUCUUGACUUUGAAAAAUUCAAAUUCAAUCUUUAUUCAAAAAACUUGCAGACAAUAUUCUCAGUCCGAAUUAUGUUCUUCUGACAAUUCCAUAGUCUGUAGACCCAUUGCACAUGUUAAAAUGACAAGUAAGACUAGUAAUCUGAAAAAUGAUGCCUUGACCACUUAACAGACUUUUGCUUGUAUGCAUGGAACUAUUUUUAGAUACAAGUAGUAAAUGCAUAUAACUGAAUGUUUAAACAUGGUUACACAGAAUACACAGCUCCUCUAAAGAACUAUUGAAAUUUCAGUACAAAUAUGUAGUACUUGCUAAAAGAAAAUUAUGAUAGC